AUGGCAUCACUUCGCUCAGCUGGAUAUGUAGACCCCGGGUGGGAGCAUGGUGCUGCUCAAGAUGAGAGAAAGAAGAAGGUCAGAUGUAAUUACUGCGGAAAAGUAGUUAGCGGUGGGAUAUACAGGUUGAAGCAACACCUAGCUCGGAUUUCUGGAGAAGUAACAUAUUGCGACAAAGCUCCAGAGGAGGUGUGCCAGAAAAUGAGAGAAAAUCUAGAAGGGUGUCGUUUUGGUAAAAAGGCAAGGCAAAUUGAGUACGAUGAACAAUCAUUUUUGAAUUUUCACGCCAAUGAUGAUGUGGAGGAGGAGGAGCAUGCUGGAUAUAGGAAUAAAGGAAGGAGGCAUGGACGACCUGGUACCAAAGAGAUAUCAUCCUUUUAUGUGAACUCAGAAAAUGAAGAUGAGGAAGAGGAGGAAGAAGAAAAAGAAGAUAUACAUCACUUGGGCAAUGAUAAACUUUUUCUCGGGGACAAAAGAUAUCACAGAGAUUUGAGAAGAAGUUUCAAAGGGAUCUCCCAGGGUAAUGGCCCUGAACCAUCACCGAAAAGGCCAAGGUUUGAUGCUAAUAUUCUGAUGACACCCAAGAGUCAGAUGCAAGCAUCUGGCAAACAAAUGAAAACAAGUUCCUCCAGCAGGUCGCGGAGAGAGGUUACUUCUGCUAUUUGCAAAUUCUUCUAUCAUGCAGGAGUCCCUUUACAUGCAGCCAACUCUCCUUAUUUUCAUAAAAUGCUAGAUUUGGUUGGUCAGCAUGGGCCUGGUUUAGUGGGACCAUCAAGCCAAUUGUUAUCUGGUCGGUUUUUACAGGAUGAGCUUUUGACCAUAAAAAACUACCUCGCUGAGUACAAGUCUUCCUGGGCAGUUACAGGGUGUUCCAUUUUGGCAGAUAGUUGGCAAGAUAUGCAGGAAUAUUUGUUUAAAAUGCUUGACAGAGUGGUUGAGGAGACGGGUGAGGAAAAUGUCGUGCAGGUAAUCACUGAAAAUACACCCAGAAUUUACUGGAGGUUUUCAAAAUUGGACGUGGGUAAGGAAGUGAAAAGCAUUGUGCUGGAUUCCUCAUUUUGGAGAAAGGUACAGUAUGUUAGGAGAUCAGUUGACCCUAUAGUGGAAGUGCUACAAAAGAUUAAUGGUGAUCAGAGCCUUUCGAUGCCAUUCAUCUACAAUGACAUGUACAGGGCAAAGCUUGCAAUUAAAAUCAAUCAUAAUGAUGAUGCACACAAGUAUGGACCAUUUUGGAGUGUGAUUGACAAUCACUGGAGUUCAUUAUUUCACCACCCUCUCUAUCUGGCUGCUUACUUUCUCAAUCCAUCAUAUCGCUAUCGUCCGGAAUUUGUUCCGCAUCCUGAUGUCGUACGUGGCCUGAAUGCAUGCAUUGUUCGACUGGAACCAGACAGUGCAAGAAGGAUUUCUGCAUCCAUGCAGAUUUCUGACUUCGGCUCCGCAAAAGCUGAUUUUGGAACUGACUUGGCAAUUAGUACCAGAUCAGAGCUUGAUCCAGCUGCAUGGUGGCAACAACAUGGGAUAAAUUGUUUGGAGCUGCAAAAGAUAGCUAUAAGGAAACGCUCCUGUGACGUAGUGUCCUCUGACUGUGUUCUACAAGAGAGGUUACUGUAUGACUGGAUUGUGGAGACAGAGAAACAAGCCUUGCAAGAAGAUGAGGAAAUCCUUUACAGUGAAAUGGAGCAGGGGGAAGCAUACGAAACAGAUUUAAUGGAUUUUGAAGAUGGGAAUGCAGACUCUAGAAAGAGAUCAAUAGAGAUGGUGAGUUUGGGCAAUGUAGUCGAACCUUUGGAACUUUACCCUACUAUUACUGAUGCAGCCACCGAUGAUGAUGACGAUGACGAUGAUGAUGAUGCCGAUCUCAACUUUCUUGAUGACAAUUUAAGUGAUUAA